AUCUAUUUAGCGUGUGCCUGUUGAUUUAAUAUCUUUUGCGCACGAGGUAAUAGGUGUGGACCGUGUCGGUUGUGGGUGAGCACGGUCGGCAAAUCCCCUCUCUCACUACUGUGACCUACUUUACCUUCGGAUGCCCAGCUCACGAUCUGAAUGAUCUUCCCUUGAGUCACUUUCCAAAACUCGGAUCUCCAGGACUUCCAGGACUUCUUGCUCUAAAUUCAAUGUCGAUACUUCAAUACUCGCUAUGAUAACGAGUUCCCCUCAGUUAACCCUCUCUGGUGUGUAAAGCGGCCAAGGCGGUCUGUAUACAUUCGAUAUCACUUCGACAUGGUGUACAUUACUCCCUUGGACGCGGAUUCAAGAACGCUUGAAAAUCUCCCACCGCACAUUCAUCCCUGGUUACGCGCCGUCGUCGCUCUUGGAUUCCUUUCAUUCUUCGCAUCCACCUUUCUCCUCUUCAUCCUUGGGUUCCGCCUCAUACAAUGGCAAAUGAAAUCCAAAAGAACGAACCAGUUCGUCAUAUUAAUCUUUAAUCUUCUUUGGGCCGACAUCCAGCAAUCUCUCGCCUUCCUACUCAAUGUCGAAUGGCUCCGGCUGGACACCGUUGAUAUAGACAAUCCAAUCUGCUUUGCCCAAGGGUGGCUGGUUUCGACAGGAGAUUUAGCAAGCGGUGUCUGGUGUUUUCUCAUAGGCUUGCAUACCUUUGCUUCUGUCAUCCUGGACUUUCGACUGAAGCCUCGAUGUUUCUUUCAGGUCAUCAUCGCCAUGUGGGUUUUCAUCUACGGAGUCAGUGCUAUUGGGGUCGGAAUGUAUCAAAAGGAACUAUACGUCCGCUCCGGUGUCUGGUGCUGGAUUCAUCAUGAUUUACAAGACCUCCGACUCUGGACCCAUUAUGUCUGGAUAUUCAUCUUCGAAUUUGGCACAGUCAUCAUCUAUGCCAUUAUCUACACCGUGCUGAUCCAGCGCAUCCGAUCAGGCCAUUACAGCGAGUUCGAGGAACGACGAGUCAAGGCGAUCGCCAAUCUCAUGGUCGCCUAUCCCGUUGUGUAUGUGGUGUGUACCCUGCCUCUAGCAUCGGCACGCAUGGCUGCCAUGAGCGGAAGCCCUCCUUCUCUCGCCAGACUUUGCUUAUCUGGAGCCAUGAUCACAUCAAAUGGAUGGUUGGAUGUUCUUCUAUACACAUUGACACGCCGCAUCAUGAUUUUCAGCGAUGAACCCCCCGCUGAUAACAACGGCAUCGAUACUUUCUCCGCAUUCUGGGCAGAAUCACCAAAACGAUUCGGCGCAGCAUGCACAGUCGUAGCAAAUCCCUCGGACCGACAUCAUCACAAGAGGACAAGGACAUGGACUGGCAGAGGUGUGGUGGCCCUUCCCUCAAGCAACAACAGCACAGAUGAUUUGUACGGGCCUGGGGAUAAGGAUAUAAAACUGGUGACCACGACACAAAUUACCAGCGAGCCAGCACAGCCAGAAGAUUACGAAGCCAUGGAGGCCGAAGCCAGAAAGCACAGGCCCAGGACACCGGUUGGCCGGUGGAGCGAAGACAGUGCCAACAUGAAAGAUUUAGAGCUGGCUCAUAUACCCGAUUGAAGAAAACUGGUUACAAGGACAUCUCACCAUUCUGCUUCUUGUAAAUUUUCACACAUCACGGGUAAAGGUUUGACGGUGGUUCGUCUGGUAUUUAGCGUUUAGCAUGUGUUCAAUGACACGAUGGAAGGAUCUGCAUGGGAAGGCGUUAUAUGUGUAGCACGGCGUUGCACACAUUCUUUGUGUUCGUAGACGAUGGCACGUCGGAUCAGCAUUCUCCGCGAGCAGUCUCUCA